GGGAGAUUGGUGAGAUUGAUCGUCAGCUGAUUAAUAAACUAUUUUUUAAAUUGUUAUUAAUUAAUUCCUUAAGAACCACGUAGUCUUGAAUGCUAAAUAUCACACAAAAUGCACUUGAUAUUUUAAUUUCAAAACCAAAGCUACGAAAUAAUGUCAAUUUAAUUUAUUCUAACCUAACAUUAGAUGAAACGUCAUAAGUGACAUUUGUCAAAACAAGUCAGGAAAAUAUAAAAAAAUAUUCUUUUUAUUUAUAUCUAAUCUAUUUUGAAGGGAAAAAUUACUUUUCAAAAUGAUGCAACAAUAUAUGAAAGAAUUGGAACAGGAACCAUUUGACGCCGAAGAAUUUGUUGAAAGAUUAGCUUGGCGAACAAUAGCUGAAACAAAAAAUGACACUGAUGACGACUUCAAUCCAACAUUGUUGCAUGACUCUUUUGUUCAAGCUAUUAAAGACUUAACUUUACUACAAGAAAGGCAAAAAAAGAAAUGUGAAAGACUUGAAGCCGCCGUACGUGAAGAUGAAGCCCUAUUUUUUCAAAAAAUUCACGAUUUGUUGGGGCAGAAUAAACAAGCUAUUGACACAUUUCAAGAACUAGAUGGGAAGAUUAAUCAUGUUGCAACGAAAGUCUUACACUUAGGUGAUCAGUUGGAUAGCGUUAACGGACCUAGGGCACGAGUUGUUGAUGCACAAAACUUGAUGACACAUUUAAAUGAAUUUUUGCAAACUGGGCCCCUUACUUCAGUGAUUUUCACCGACCCUUCAAAAAUUGAUGAAGCAGCAGAAGUUAUACAAAAACUAUAUUUAAUUUCACAAGACUUGCCAUCACCAAAAUUUGAAGGCUUAAAACGCAAAAUUGAAAGAAAGUAUGAUGAGACAGAGAGAACUUUAAUUGAAGAAUUUUCAAAUGCCCAACGAAGGGAUGAUUUCAAAAGAAUGAAAGAAAUUGCAAAUGUUUUAUCACAAUUUAAAGGGUAUCCCCAGUGUGUUGAUGCUUACAUAGAAAGGAGUCAAGCCGGUUGCUUAUUAAGCAAAGAUGUUUUUUCGCGUUUGCUCCCAUUGUGUCAGCUAAACUAUGAAGUGAUUAAGAAAGUCUUUAAUAAUCCAGAACAAGUGUUGGCAAAAUUUGUUCUAAACUUAUAUCAUUUAAAACUACAAGAAUACAUUGCGUCAAAGUUAUCCUCAAAAUUAGAUAGUUAUAAUUAUUUAAAAACAUUGUACGAGUUAUAUGACAGGACCAAUCAAUUAUCUCAAGAUUUAUCCGUUUUUAAUAUGGGUAGCGAUAAAAAUUAUUUAAACAAGUUAACAAGCAAUAUUUUUAAUAAAUACAUCGAUAAUUAUAUAACAUUAGAACUGAAAUGCCUGAAAGAGCGCAGCUCUGCGAAUUUGCAACGUUAUUAUGAAUCCAAAAAUCAUCAAAAGAAGCAAAUUCAAUCUGGCGGGUUUCAAGAUUUGAGACGAGAUUUACAAGCUGUAAUUGGAACAAGGGCCAACAUUAACAUUGCCCAGAUUGAAAAUUAUGGUGGGGAAACAUUUCUCUCCGAAGAAUUAGCAAUUACAAUUUUACAGGACACCAAACAAGCUUUCCAGCGUUGCCAACUGCUUUCAAAACCUGAAGACAAGGCUUCCAAUGCCAGUCAAAUUUUAGACCGUUUACUUAAUUCUUUGUUGAUUGAGCAUGUGGAUUAUGCUCUAGAAUUGGGGCUUCAGGCAAUUCCUGUUGUGGAAGGAUCUAAAAAUCCUCCGACGUUGUAUUUCUUCACCGUGGUGCACCAAAGCAACAAUAUAACACAUUUGCUUGAGAAACAAAUUACUGAUUUAGCAGUGCCUCUAAUUUUAAAUACGCCAAAAUACAAUGAUUGUAUGCAAAAGAAAAAGUUCAUUUUGGAAGACAUUGAAAGGAAAGUUAAUACUGGAUUGGACAGGACUUUAAAUGCCGUUGCAAGUUGGGUAAAACUCUAUCUUCAAUCGGAACAGAAAAAGACUGAUUUUAAACCAGAAACGGAUGAUUUCGAUACUGUUGCUUCGCCGGCAUGUAAAGCAGUUUCCCAAUACAUAAGUAAUGUUAUUAAGGAGAUCAAAGAUAGUUUAGACGGCAAUAAUGUUACUGCCAUUUUGCAAGAGCUGGGUAUUCGAUUACAUAGAGUGAUUUACGAUCAUUUGUUACAGUUUCAAUUUAAUACUGCAGGUGCAAUGGUUGCAAUAUGUGACUUGAAUGAGUAUCGGUCAUGUACUAAACAUCUAGGCCCUCUGGUAGCCGAAUUGUUCGAAACAUUGCAUGCACUGUGCAACUUAUUAUUGGUAAAACCAGAAAAUUUACAACAAGUGUGUUCAGAGGAUUCUCUGGUAAACCUUGACCGCUCAGUUCUGCAUAAUUUUAUCCAACUGCGUAGCGAUUUCAAGACACAAAAACAAAUUUUUCUGAAAGUUUAAUAAAAUAAAUUCUUGUAUCACUUCUUAUUACACAAUAAAGGUAUUUUAUUCAGUG